GUAGCUCUUCGUCACAGCACCUUUGAAGGAACUGAAGUUAACAGCAGUUGAGCUUAAACAAACUCCGACAACUGCACAUGAAUGUACUUUUUUUUUUUUGUCAAUGGAGCAAACCGGAUAGCUCUAUGGCAGUACGCUAAUUGUCAUCAUGUUGUCAGAGGUUCCUUUAAGUUCCUGAAGUGUUCACAGGGGAGAAAAUAUUCCUGGAAGACUAGCCUAACUGGACCUCAGGUCUGCGGUUAGACAACGAGGUACCGAAAUGGCUACAUCAAGAGGAACUUUCUUUAUUUUAGUAAUAUUUUUCCUUUUUGCACAGUGUCAUGGAGUAAGGGAUAAAGGAAAAGACACCUCCCCGUUAAGCUUCACACACCAUCUUUACAAUGCCACCAUUAAAGAAAAUUCUGCUCCGAGGAUGUACGUUGAGAUGCCUGUGAAGAUGGGUAUUCAGCUGACAGAUCCACUUUGGGACAUUAAAUAUAAGAUUGUUGCAGGUGACGAUGAUGAUCUGUUCCAAGCAGAGGCUCUCUCGGUUGGGGACUUCUCUUUCCUGAGGAUCAAAACUCGCAGCAGUAACUCAGCUCUGCUAAACAGAGAGGUCAGAGAUAGCUACACUCUCACUGUGGAAGCAACAGAAAGCACUUUUGAUUUUCAAGCAAAGACAAAGGUGUUUGUCCAAGUGCUCGACACUAAUGACUUAAAGCCUCUGUUCUAUCCGGCAUCAUACAAUGUGAACAUCAGUGAGGACACUCCGCUCAAGUCGAAUGUGGUCAAAGUCAGUGCUACAGAUGCCGACAUUGGGAGCAAUGCUGAGUUUUUUUACUCCUUUACGAGCCGAUCUCAUCCAUUUUCUGUCGACCCCUUCACCGGCACAGUCACCCUCAUUAAGAAACUUAACCACACAAGGAUGCAGAAAUAUGACCUCACAGUAUUAGCAGAAGACAGAAUGAAAAAGAUAUCAGGCAUUAAAAAAUAUGGAAAUACGGCUCGUGUUACAGUUAACAUACAAAAAGGGACUAAGGAGUCGCUAUUAAUCACACCUCCUAAACCUAAAGUCUCUGUAGAUGGAAAUGUAGAUAUCAGCAUCCGUGUGGAAGCAGGAGUCAAGCCUGUGAAAUCCCUUGAUAUUGUUACCGGGGAUCCCCAACAGUGUUUCGAGAUAGUUCCUUCUGGUGUGCAAAACACCAACUUCGAACUGAUUUCGACAAAGAAGAUUGUCUGGUCUCAAAGUCCUUUUGGGCUAAACCUGUCUCUUCAAGCCACAGAUAUGAGCUCUCCAAGCCUCCUUUCUCCAAUUACAAAAGUACAUAUUCCUGCUGAUCAUUACAGGCCUUUACGUUUUGUAGAGGACACCUACAUCAUCACCUUAAGUGAGUUCUCCCCUCCUAAAACUCAUGUUAUAAAAGUCUCUGUCACCUCAUCCCCUCAAAAUGUUACAUUUGGCAUUAAAGAUAAUCUAGACAGCUUGAACUUUAAAAUAAAUUCUAGAACUGGGAUUAUAAUAACAGCAGAAAAAUUUGACUAUGAAAAAAAAAAUCGAUACGAAUUUGAUGUGGUCGCAAAUCAUGGUGAAGCACAGACUCAUAUUGUGGUCAAGAUAACUGAUGAAAAUGAUAACAGCCCUCAGUUUAAACAAACAUCUUAUCAAGCUACAGUGGAUGAAAACCUGCCUGUUGGCAGCAGUGUUCUUAAAGUUGCUGCUUUAGACAUCGAUGAAGGCAAAAAUGGCUUUGUUACCUUCUCCAUUGCUAAUUCAGGUCCUGUACCUUUCACCAUAGAUUCAUUUACAGGCAUUAUCUCAACCUCUGAUCACCUGGAUUAUGAGCUGAUGAAGCGACGGUAUCACUUGAGAGUCUGGGCAUCUGACAGUGGUAGCCCCUUUAGUCAAGUCACUGAAUGCCCAGUAACAAUAACCCUAAUCAACUUGAAUGACAACAUUCCUCUAUUUGAGAGAGUUGGCUGCAACAUCACCAUACCACUUGAUUUAACAGUGGGAAGCACACUUGCCGAGGUUUCAGCCAUUGAUUUAGAUGAGCUGCAACAGCUCCAGUACAUUAUAGAGUCAGGGAAUGAGCCCCAAAUCUUUGAUAUUGAUCCAGUGUCUGGAGCAAUCAUUCUUAAAAAGCAAAUCCCACCACAGGAUGUCUCAUUCACUCUCAGAGUCAUUGCUACAGAUGGCAAGCAUCACUCUGAAGCAUCAGUUGUAAGAAUAACCAUCACAAACAAAGGCGACAAUUCAACUCUGAGCUGCUUUGAAACAGGUAUCUUUAAACAGAUGACUGAUAAACUAAUAGAGACAAUAAAGCCAGUUUUAAUCAACCAGGAGGAGGAGUCUUUCUCUGAUAUCCACAUCACUAAUAGACAUUCUCCCAAAAUUCUUACAAGCAUUCCCAGUUCUAUUAAUGUUCCUGAGAACCAUCCACUUAAUUCCACAAUUCUUCAGUUUAAGGCCACAGACAAAGACUCUGGCUUUAACAGUAAGCUGGUGUAUGCAAUAUCAACAGGGAAUGAAGAUGGCUGUUUCGCUAUUGACAUGUUUUCUGGGGACCUCAGGUUAGUUUGCCCCUUGGACAGAGAAACUAAAGAGUUCUACAUUCUGAACCUCACAGUUUAUGACUUGGGAACACCACCAACAUCUGCAUGGAAGCUACUAGCCGUUGACGUCACGGAUGUCAAUGACAACCCUCCUGUUUUUGAUCAGCCCAGGUAUGUGAUUCGUAUACCUGAGAAUACUGAGGAAGACUCUGUUAUCUUCACAGCUCGAGCAGUAGACAUUGAUUCUGAUUUGAAUGGAAAUAUCCUAUACUCCUUUCUGACAUUCACUGACAUGUUCAAAAUUGAUGAGCUGACCGGGGAGGUGACUGUGACCGCUCCUUUGGAUCGAGAACAAUCUACCAGACAUGACCUCUGGAUCAAAGCCACAGAUCAAGCCAGACUCGGUCCAAACUUGUUUUCCACCAUGAACCUUGUUGUAAUUUUGGAGGACAUAAAUGACAAUCCACCUAAAUUUAUACCAGAAAGCUAUCAUAUAAAAGUUGCAGAGGACGUUCCUGUAGGUACUCUACUCGUUUGGGUGGAAAGCGUGGACCUAGAUAUAGGUAGUGGAGGUCUUGUGACAUACAACCUUAAGAAUACAGAAGGAGGGAUUUUCCAUCUCGAUUCCUCAACUGGAGCUUUGACCCUUGAACGCGAGCUGGACUUUGAGAGAAGACCAGCUUAUAAUCUUACAGUUCGAGCCGUAGACCAUGGCCUUCCUCGCUCCUUGUCAUCUUCCUGCUUUGUGGAGAUUGAGGUUCUUGAUGUCAACGAAAACCUCCACAAGCCAGUAUUCACAGAGUUUGUGUAUGAAGCUGCAGUGAUGGAGGAUGUAGCAGUGGGGACAUCCGUGGUGAAGGUUUCAGCUUCAGACAAAGAUGUGGGUCGGGACGGAGUGCUGAGGUACCAUAUCAGUGAUGGCUCGGGGCUUGGAGUUUUCUCUAUCGAUGAAGAAACAGGAGUGAUUCGUACAGCUGAAAACCUGGACCGAGAGAUGGUGCAGCAUUACUGGCUCUCUGUCUACGCCACAGAUCUGGGAACUGAGCCUCUAAUUUCCUGGGCUCAUGUCUUCCUGGAGGUCAUGGAUGUUAACGACAACGCUCCAGAGCUUUCCCACCCAGUAUAUUUCACAUCAGUCCAGGAGAACAUAGAUAAAGUGACCAAUAUAACCCAGGUGUUGGCUACGGAUGCAGACUCUUCCUCCGAGGAGAAGCUUUCCUACCUGAUCCUGGAAUCUCACCGGACGUAUUUCGAUGUGGAUCCAAAAACAGGUGUUAUCAGCACACACUCUGCCUUGAACCGUGAGGAUAAACCUGAGCACAGCAUCGAGGUAAUCGUGUCAGACAACGGAUCUCCAUCUUUGCAGUCCACCGCCACUGUCAUCAUCCAGGUCCUGGAUGCUAAUGACAGCCCACCCAAGUUCACAGACAAACGUUUCCAUGUCAAGCUACUUGAACAGCAUAAAAGUGACGGCAAACAGGCGGUCUAUAGACUGGUUGCACGAGAUGAUGACGAGGGCUCUAACGCCGCCAUCACCUACAAGCUGCAGGAUGGUGCCGAUGAGCAUUUUCAGAUUGACCCUCUAUCAGGAGAGGUGACGUCACAUGGAGAUUUCUGGCCGGGGAAUUACAGCAUUCUCACAAUCCACGCCACGGAUCAGGGCAGCCCCUCAAAAACAUCCUCCACUCGACUUCAUGUUGAGUGGGUCAGUCGUCCUCCACCAUCCACCCAACUGAUCACUUUCGAUGAACCUCACCUCACCUUUGCAGUCAUGGAGACGGAGCCUGUCACUCACAUGGUGGGCAUCAUCAUGACGGAGGUGCAUUGGCCGUUGCUGUGGUUCAGCAUCAUAGGAGGUGAUGAAGACAAAGACUUUGACAUCCAGAGGAAUUCAGGAACCAUCACCAUCGCCAGAAAUCUCAAUGCGGCUCGACGCUCAAACUACAACCUGACAGUGGAGGUCACUGAUGGCCAUCGCAGCGCCACGACGCAGGCCUAUAUCCGUGUGCUGGACAUAAACGAACAUCGGCCUGCCUUCCUGAAGCCUCUUUAUGAGGUGCGGGUCCCUGAAGAUACAUCCCCAUGGAAGGACAUCUUACAGAUCAGCGCCCAGGACAAUGACAACAACAGCAAGCUGGUGUUCUCCAUCCAGAGAAGCAUUCAUCCAGAAAGCGCCAAGUCUUUUCACCUAGAUCCAAAGAGUGGCGUUCUGGUGAUGACAGAAGAACUGGACUUUGAGAUGAUAUCUGUUCAUACGCUCAUCAUUAUGGUGCGUGACCAGGAGAUUCCAGUGAAGAGGAAUUUUGCAAAGGUUGUGAUCCAUGUGGAGGACUGUAACGACCACUCUCCGGUUUUCCUCAGCCCCCGUUAUGAAUCCAGAGCUUCUAAUCUGGCCCCAGUGGGCACCGAGGUUGUCCGAGUCAAGGCCCUAGACAAGGACAUGGGCAGCAAUGCAGACAUCAGCUACUCGCUGCACUCUGGUAAUACUGAUGACAUCUUCUCCAUCGAUCCUGAUCUGGGUUCCAUCCUUGUUUCCAAACCUCUUGACCUUCAACCUCAGGACCACUUCCACCUAACAGUAAAAGCUACUGAUCAGGGAUUUCCUCAACGAUCUGACUACUGCUCUGUAUACAUCCACAUUCACAUUUCAGAUCAAACUCCACCCAUCUUCCCAGCAGAUGAGUACCUAGCAGAGGUCAGUGAAUUAAGUGCUCCCGGCACUCCAGUGGUUACUAUCUCAGCCUUGAGCCCAGCUGCAGUGCAUUAUGGUAUAGAAAGAGGAAACAUAAAUGAUACCUUUUCCAUCAACCCCUACACUGGCUUAAUUUCCACAAGAAGAUAUCUCAACUUUGAAACCUGGGAGUCCUACAACCUCAAAGUUACAGCCUCCACAACAGCUGGAGCCAUGUCCAAGACCCUGGUCAAUAUCUAUGUGGUGGAUGAGAAUGAUAAUGCUCCUGUCUUUCAGCAAAGAGAGUACAUUGGUCAGAUUAGCGAAUCGGCUCCUUUAAACAGCAUGGUGAUGGGAAAAAGAAGCACGCCGCUAGUUGUUCAGGCGUCUGACGCAGAUAGAGAUUCAAAUUCUCUGCUGACAUAUAUGAUCCUUGAACCUGAGGCACUAAAAUUCUUCAAGAUUGACCCAAGUAUGGGUACCAUUUCUAUUAUCUCAUCGGUUGACUUUGAAACCAAUGCUGAGUAUCACCUUACAGUCCAGGUGAGGGACUCAGGGGAACCAUCCCUCUAUGCAGCGGAGCCUGCCAAGGUCACUGUACGCGUCCUGGACCUUAAUGACUGCGCGCCACAAUUCACAGCAUCUGUGUAUGAAUCAUCCAUCAUCUUCCCAGCCGUCAGUGAUACUGAGGUUGUACGUGUCACGGCCCAUGACCCAGAUUCAGCAGUCUCAUACAGCAUCACCGAGGGAAAUCUUCACAGGGCCUUCUCAAUUGAUCCCAACACAGGAGUCAUCACCGUGAGCAAUGUGUCCGAGUUCCGUUCAUUUUACCAGUUGACUGUCAGAGCAUCAGAUGGCCUUUUUAAAGAUUCAGCCACUGUUAAGAUAAAUGUAACUAAACUGAUACCAAGUGAUCUACAAUUUCAGCAGAAGGUUUACUCAACAAGCAUUGCUGAAAACAUAAAUGCAGUGAAAACUUUGGCAGCAAUAAAAGUCUCAGGAUGCUACCUGAAUGAACCUCUUGUAUACUCCGUUAUCAACCCCGUGGGGAGGUUUAGUAUUUCCCAAAUGUCAGGUAUUCUUGAAACUACAGGAAUUCCUUUUGACAGAGAGGAAAAAGACAUUUAUGACAUAGUGGUAAAAGUACAAGACAUGAGAACUCCACCCAGAACAGCAAUGGCAAAAGUCAAAGUUUUUAUAGACGAUGUAAAUGACAAUUCUCCCCAGUUUCUAAAUCUGCCUUUUUCAAUGAUGAUUUCUGAAGACUCAGAGCCAGGAGAUGUUUUGUACCAAGCAACUGCCAUUGACAAAGAUCUGGAAGAAAAUGGAUCCAUCGUCUACUCUCUAGAGGAGGAUUUUGAGCUCUUUAGGAUAGAUCCAGAUGUGGGGGAUAUAUCCCUUCAAAGACCUCUUGACUUUGAAGCCCUGAGUAAAUACGUGUUGACUGUUGUGGCUACGGAUGAGGGAGAGCCCAGUCAUAGAACCGCUGCUCAGCUCACUAUUCAAGUGAGGAACAGAACCAAUCCUGUCUUUCAAACUGUUCUUUAUCCACUGAGAGUCCCUGAAAAUGUUCCUCCAUUUACCACCAUCCUCCAUGUUCAGGCCAGAAACCCGGAAGGGUAUCGGCUUAUCUACAAUCUUGAGGAGGAAAAUGCUUCAAAGCACUUUCACAUUGACUUUAAGACUGGAGUGCUAACCGUAACCAACCCUCUAGACUAUGAGAGCCAGACCAUGCAUGUGUUAACAGUACGAGCUACUGACUCUGUGACUGGAGCCUUCUCAGAGGCAUCCAUUGAAAUAGUAGUGGAGGAUGUGAAUGAUAAUCCACCAGUUUUUCCACAGCUGACUUAUAGUGUGAACAUUGCCGAAGGGCUUCCAGUCAGCACCUCUGUGAUCCAACUCAAUGCUACAGACAAAGACUCUGGUGCAAAUCAGGAUUUGACCUACCAUAUGGUUAAAACCGAAGGAAAUGAAGCUGAUUUUUUUCAGAUAAAUCCUAAUACUGGGCUGAUUGUCACAAAAAAGGUUCUGGAUCAUGAAAAAAUUAAACACUUUAAUUUGAAAAUUAAAGCUAUUGAUAAUGGGACAGUACCUCUCAGUAGUGAGGUUAUGGUUUUUGUAAAUGUGACUGAUGUCAAUGACAAUCCGCCUGAUUUUGUUAGUUCUCAGUAUGAAGCUACUUUGGAUGAAAUGGCCAAAUGUGGCCACAUUGUGAUUAAAAUUCAAGCUUCUGAUCCUGACCCUGAAGAUAAGCUUAAGUAUAAGAUCAUUUCAGGCAACAAGGACCGAUACUUCAACAUAAAUGAAUCCUCAGGGAUCAUCUCCUUUUCCAAUGUCUGCAGGAGGAAUUUGGAUCCUCACUACAACCUUACUGUGGCUGUAUCUGACGGAGUAUUUCAAAAAACUGCCCCAGUUAAUAUUGACAUGAUUAAUAGCAACAGGCACAGUCCUUACUUCAAACAGACCAUCUAUGAGGCAGAGCUGGCUGAAAAUGCAGAGGCAGGAACUCGUGUGAUUCGACUUGCAGCUAUUGAUCCGGAUGAUGGGCCUUAUGGAAGUGUUGACUACACCAUCAUUAACAAACUGGCUGAUGAGAAAUUUGCUAUUCAUAAAGAUGGUCAGAUUGUUACAACUCAACCACUGGACAGAGAAAACCCCACCCAGAAAGUCAUAGCAAUAAAAGUAAUGGCUAAGGAUGGUGGUGGAAAAGUGGCAUUUUGCACAGUCAAAAUUAUUCUCACAGAUGAAAAUGAUAACAUUCCUCAGUUUAAGGCAUCAGAAUACCAAGUUUCAAUUCAUUCAGCUGUGAAUAAAGGCUCCCCUGUCAUUCAAAUUAUGGCUUAUGAUGCAGACGAUGGUAAAAACGCAGAUGUGACUUACACUGUGGAUGAAGCUGAGGAAGUUGUUGAAGACAUCAUCGAGAUCAACCCUUUCACAGGAGUAGUCAGUGUUAAGGAGAGUCUUACUGAGAUGGAAAACAAGAUCUUUAACUUUAAAGUAAAAGCUCGUGACGGCAGUCUGCCUUUUUAUAACUCCACUGUCCCAGUUCAGUUGAAGGUGGUUCCUCCAGAGGUCCCCCUGCCAAAAUUCUCAGAACCUCUCUACACUUUUUCUGCUGCAGAGGAUUUUCCAAUUGGUUCGGAGAUCGGUUCUGUGAAGGCUGACUCUGACAUGCCCCUUAUUUAUAGCCUGGUCAAUGGAAACACGGUGGAAAGCAACAAGGACAAAGUGUUCAGUCUGGACCAGGAGAGUGGAACUCUGCUGGUACAGAAGAGCAUGGACCAUGAAAAGACAAAAUGGUACCAAAUAGAUGUGAUUGCUCAAGGGAAUCAUAAUGGGACAGAUGUUGCAUCACUUGUCUCCGUCAGCAUCCAGGUCCAGGAUGUGAACGAUAAUCAGCCCAUGUUUGAUGCAAGCCCAUACAGGGCCUUCCUGGCAGAAAACAUGCCUGCUGGAACUACUGUUAUUCAGGUGACAGCAAAUGAUCCCGACACAGAUACGAAUGGCCUUGUUACCUACAGUUUGGAGACACUGCCUGGUGACACCCAGCUUGAAAUCAAUGAUGUGUUUGCCAUCGAAGGAGAGAGUGGCUGGAUUACAACGUUGAAGGAAACAGACUGUGAGGCGGUCAGAGUCUACAGGUUCAAUGUGGUUGCCAGUGACCAUGGAGGGGAAAUUAAGCUCUCGUCUAGUGUCCUUGUGGAGGUGAUGGUGACAGACGAGAAUGACAAUCCACCUAAGUUCCUCGAAGACAUAUACCAUGGCUCAGUAGUGGAGAAUACCACCCCGCUGGAGCCAAUUCUCUCAAUGAAGACCACAGAUGCCGACAUAUCUUUAGAGAACCGCUUGGUGACAUGUUACAUCACAGACGGGGACCCUUUGGGGCAGUUUGCCAUCGUCCAGGAGGAUGAGGGUCAGUGGGGUCUGAUUGUGAAGGGGAGUCUGGACAGAGAGACCAAAGGCCGAUACACACUGCGGGUUACUGCCACUGAUGGAAAAUUUGAGGCUCCUGUUACUGUUGAUGUCCAUGUGUUGGACAUCAACGACAACAGUCCAGUUUGUGAACAGCUGGUGUACACAGAGGGAGUAAUGGAGAACUCACCACCCAGGAUGUUUGUGCUCAAAGUUUCGGCUUCGGAUCAAGACGUGGGAACCAAUGGCGAGAUCUCAUACACAUUGCACGGUCCAGACGCAGAGAAGUUCCAUCUGGAUCCGAGAACAGGUGAGCUGUUCACUCUGGCUGUGUUGGACCGUGAGACACAUACAGAGUUCAACAUGGUGGCGAAGGCGACCGACGGUGGUGGUCGAUCCUGUCAGGUCGACAUCCUGCUCAUCAUCCAGGACAUGAACGACAACCCGCCUCUUUUCUCCUCCAGCCACUACGAGGUCACAGUGUUCGACAACACGACAGUUCGCACGCCAAUUGCCGUCAUAUACGCCAAAGACCCAGACACAGGAAUAAACUCAGAGGUGAAGUACUCCCUGCUGGCUGGAGACGGUGGUUACUUCUCUCUAGAUGAGUUCUCAGGAGUCCUGCGGCUGGAGCGACCUCUUACCCCCGACACUCCACCAACGUUUGAGUUGAAAGUUAAGGCUGCUGACCGUGGCCUUCCUCGCCACCUGUACUCUGUUGCCACGGUUACAGUGGAUGUAGUAUCGCUGAAUGACUACCAGCCAGUGUUCCUGAGCUCAGAGUACUAUGCCCAGCUCCCAGAAUCACUGGCAGUCGGAUCUGAAGUGCUGAGUGUGUCCGCACUCACUAGAGAUGGGGGUGGUCCAGAUCCCAUUUUGUACCGCAUCAUCUCAGGAAAUGAGGAUGGGCUGUUCCAGCUGGACACCCAAACAGGUCUUCUCAUCCUCAUGGCACCGUUAGAUUUCGAAGUGUCCCGGGAGUACUACCUGUCUGUGGAGGGCAGUCGUGGCAAGUCUUCCCUUAGUGACAUCACAACCGUAAUCAUCAAUGUAACUGAUGUGAACGACAAUGCACCAGUGUUCAGAGAGGGUGUCUACAGCACUGAGAUACUAGAGGAUCUGACGCCUGGAAGCGUGGUUAUGAAAGUAACAGCAGUAGACCUGGAUGGCCCAAUCAAUAAUCUGCUUCGGUACUCCAUCGUUAGUGGAGACCUUCAGCAGCAGUUUUCCAUCCACCCUCGCACUGGUGAAAUUUCUGUCCACACAUCACUGGACAGAGAGGAGAUCCCUCAUUACUCCCUGACAGUGCAGGCAGCUGAUGAGGGCAGCCCCCCUCUGUCAUCAGCAGUCCUAGUCACCAUCAUGGUCGUGGAUGUCAACGACAACCCGCCUGUCUUCUCUCAGGUCAACUACAAUCUAGUGCUGCAGGAGGGUGAGUCCAUCGGCAGAAGCAUCCUCCAACUGAUUGUGACAGAUAAAGACACACCAAAGAAUGGCCCGCCUUUCUCCUUCCACAUAGUCAGUGGCAACAAUGAUCGCCGUUUCCAUGUCGACCAGGGCGGUCUGUUGUCACUUUCUGCACCGCUGAGGAAGAAGGACAAACCCUUCCACCAGCUAAAGAUCCAGGCAACAGACAGUGGUCACCCUCCACUGUCCUCUAUCUGUGUGCUUAACAUCAACGUCACUGAGCAGAGCAAGUAUCCUCCCACUGUCACCCCCCUUGAGGUUUUCAUUACUACCACCGGAGGCCUCUUUGCAAACCGGGUCAUCGGCAGACUCCAUGCAUCGGACCAGGACCUGCAGGAUGUCUUGACCUACAAGCUGGUUUCAGAAAAGCCAGAGGGAAAAAGGUUCUCUGUGGACCUGACAGAUGGGAAAAUCUGGGCAGAUGAAAACCUGGAGGUGGGCUCAUAUGUGCUGAACAUUAGUGUGAGCGAUGGGAGGUUUUCUGUUUGGACAGAGGUCCAAGUUCACAUGUGGGCAGCCAGUCAGAGAGCCCUGGACUCUGGCCUGACAAUGCAGCUGGUUGGGAUGUCACCAGAGGAGUUUCUGGGAGAUUAUUGGAAAGGCCUCCAGCGCAAAAUGGCACAGUCUUUAAGCCUACCCAAACAGGAGCUUUACUUGGCCAGCCUGCAGCAGCUGCCUGACACCAAGGCAGUGGAGGUACUAUUGGUUCGGAGGCCUGAGGGGGGACUCAUCAAGUCUCUGUCAGCUAGCAAACUGCAAGGUAUUAUAGCAGAGAUUGAGGACUCUCCAAGCAUCAGAAUUCCCAAGGUGAGCCAUGAAGGGUGUGUAGCAGCCAGCUGUCUGUCACACGGCUGCAGGAAGGCAGUGCUGCUCUCAGGAGAACGACUGAGCCAUUUCACCACAGCGAGAGUUGGUUACAUCACACCGCACCAUACCUGGGAAAGCGUCUGCUUCUGUAAAGAGUCAGCUCUCAGGUUCAGCAGUACAUCCUACAUGAAGUAUCUUCACAGACUGGACGAGGACAGCCAGGAUUUCAGACUCUCACUGAGGUUUAAGACUUACCAGGAUCAGGGCCUAAUCAUGUCCACCAGAGGUGCAAGCGAUUGGGGGGCUUUACAGCUGCUCAAAGGAGAGCUGCAGAUCAGAUAUAGAUGUGGAAACAAAUCUCCAGCCACACUGCUGGUUCGAUCCCCACCAGUCUCAGAUGAUCAUUGGCAUAGUGUCCUGCUGGAGGUCAAUUCCAGCUCCAUGAAACUGACUCUAGACCAGCAGCACCCAGCUUCCAUCAGCCUGGGAGAACCAUGCAGGAUGAUGGGCUCGCAUGGUGCUUUACUGUUUGCUCCUCUGUCUCAGGACUCUGCUUUAGAUUUCAUCCAGGACGCUCAUCAUUUCAUUGGCUGUCUGGAGGACUUGGAGCUUAACAGGGAGCCAAUUUUGGCAGACCAUACACCAGAGUUUACAGAGUCUGGAAGCAGGAGGGUGUUUGGGGUCUAUCAGUGCUGCAAUGGCGCAGGAGCCUGUGACAAUCAACCAUGCGACAAUGGAGGAGUCUGCGAGGAGGAUGCUGCUGGAGAGCCCCAUUGCACAUGUGCAGGAAUCUUCCAUGGCCCCCGCUGCGAGCUGGCCGGCAACCCAUGUGUUUCGCAGCCAUGUACAAAUGGUGGAGUAUGCAUACCAAAGGCUCAAGGCUACAUUUGUAACUGCUCAACAGACAACACUGAAGCAAGAUGCCACAAUGAGAUUGAGGUCUGCUCGCCUAAUUUCUGUCCCGGAGGCUUUGACUGUAAAGUUGUUGAUGGCUCCGUCCACUGUGAUCCGCUGCCAGUGGUAUCUCCAGGUAUUGGCUAUGUGGAGAUAGCACAGAUCUGUGCUGGAGUGCUGGGAAUAGUCCUCUUGGUGGGAAUCUUCAUCUUUGCAAGAAAAUAUUAUGUUCAUAGGAAGAAGAGAAAACCUGUGUGUGUCCAGGACUCAAAUGGGUAUUUCCAGCCCAGUUUGGCUAAGAGCCUCAAAGUAGAGUGCCAAGAUGGCAACCCAACUGAGGUGAGCUCAUUGGUCUGCUCCACCAACAACCUGGAUCACACACCAUUCAGAUCCCUGAGGCCGCGCAGUCAAAUUGGUUCAUCAGGAGGUGGAUCUCCAAAGAGCCUGCGGCCAGUCGUGUGCAGCGUGGCGCCCAACAUUCCUGUCAGACAGCCGUCAACCUCUGACAAUGACUCCAUCAGAAAAAACCAAUGGGGCAUGGACUAUGAAGUCUACCCGGCAGACCCUGACUAUUAUGGACGUCCAACUGUCCAGGAGUUCCCCCAGUUUGACAUUGUGGAGGACACCUACUCCACCUCUACUGUCGAUUCUCGAAGAAACUCCCGUUUUGGGGGAUUCCCAUUCCCACUGGAUCGAUGUGAUCGGCGGGCUCCACUUCCACCAUGCUACAGCAACCAGAAUCUAGAUGACUUCUUGGGUCCAGACGGUCUUCCUCUUCCGAGUUCUCAGUGCCCAAAUGAAUACACUGCUAUUAGUUACUAUCCCACACAGCACACCCGGAGCCUCGACAAUGUCUCCUCAGGCUAUAAGAGACUCAGCAUGCGUCUUAGUGUAGCCAUGCCAUCCUAUGCUGAAGAGAACAGUGCUCCACGAGGACCAAACCCUGCCCAGCCUCAGACACGACCCACAGGGCAAAGCCACCAAGGUUAUGACGGCUCAAGUAUGGUGGGGAGUGACUACGGGAGCUGUGAAGAGGUCAUGUUUUAGGACUUAAUGCACCAUUUCCAACAACGAUCUCUUCAUUCCGGAAUGUUUUAUUGGUUUCAUACAAGAACAUACGCAAGAGUGAAACUAUGCUGAUUCCAGCUACUUUUCCAGUUUAAGGCAGCUUUGUGUAUAAAUUCAUAUCUUAUUUAGAAACAUUAACUGGAAAAACUGAAAAGGCUGAGCUCUGAUUUCCAAAUCCCAUCAUGUUUUAUUGCCACCCAGAUGGAAACAAACACAUUUUUGUUUAGUUCUACAAGCAGUUCUAUCUGGACUACAAGGAGGUAUAUUUCAAGACUGCUCAGCUGCCUAUUUGGAAGAAGUUCACAGUUUAUCUUUUAAUAAAAAAAAGAAUAAAAUAAAAUAAAAACUACUGAAAGCAGUUUCCAGAAACUAUGAACAGUAUUACUGGCUCUACUCUCCACUCUUUGGAAUAUAAAGAGAAAUAAAGUAAGACUUUUUUAAUGAAGAGAGAAGAGACGGCCACAGAGACUCUGUUUGAAACAAAUGUGCAUUUCACUACAUUCCUGACUAGACCGCCCCUAAGUACAAAACUGAUUAGUUAAAGCCUGCUCCCUGUAUUGCACUGAACAACUAAAUCAUGCAUAUCGCAAAUUGUACUAUAGGUGCAUUUGUGCUCCCUAUCUUUGACUAUUUGCAACGAUACUAAUAAGAACAUGUUUAAAUGUAUUAGCCAAGACAUUCAGAACUAUAAAGGGAAGAUUAGCAUUUCAGUGUUUGUUUACUUAUAUAUUGUCAACAUCUUUCCCGAUGGGGCUGGAUCCUCAUUUAAACGAGUGAACUAGUGAUGAUUACUUGUGAUGUAGUAUUUCAGAAUGUGUUAUACUGUCCUCAACACAGGAGCAAUUUAGCAGUUUUAGUGUCUAUGAACAUUUCGUCCUGGAUUGUAAUAUGCAAAAUUAACUUUGGUUUAAAGUUUGGGAUUAACUGCUGUUCAGCAAUGCUUGCAUCACUGAUGUAAAUCUGAACAAUUUAUGUGGAGGUUUCUCUGCAGCAAAAUAAAGCCUAUUCAGCCAUUUUAAAUUAUAUAUAUAUAUAUAUAUAUAUAUAUAUAUAUAUAUAUAUAUAUAUAUAUAUAUAUAUAUAUAUAUAUAUAUAUAUAUAUAUAUAUAUAUAUAUAUAUAUAUAAACUCUACUUCAUGAAACUGCUUUUUUCAGUUAAACGCUACUUUUGCUGCAUACAACAUAUUUUUUUAAAAGUAAAUAUUUAAAGUCGAUAUGUGGGAAAAAUGCUAUAUUUAAAAUAUGCUGCUGAAGGUUCUCAGUCAUCCAGGUCAUAGUCCAGGUCAGAUAUUUUUACGGAAUACCAUUAAAAUAUACAGCAUUUAAUUUAAAUUGAAAUGCCGUUUGAGUUUUGGAUUGAUCAUUAUGUUUGGUCAAAAUUGCUAAAUUCACAGCAUUUUCCUUACCUUAGGUUGAUAGCAUAUUGAAAAAAAAAUACAAAAUAUAGACAAUUUCAUUCAUUUCAGCGGUAGUAUUUUCUACCAGGUUAAAAACUGUCCUGAUGUAAGUGACGAACUGUUCCAGUUUUUCUACAACUGCUACUAAGUCCCCUGAUGAAGUGUAAUGAAGACGCACAGCUAGUUUAUAUAUAAUUGUUUAUUUAAAAAGGAAGCUGCAUGUAUAACAUACACAUAGACAGUAGUGAGUUUUAAACACUGGCACAGAUGAAAGAGGAAUUUAUUCAAGUUAGUAAAAAAUGUAAACCUGGUUUAAAAUGGAUUAAUUCCAAGCAGACCUUUAAUAUCCCAUUAGUGCUUUUUACUUUUAGCUCCAUUGCUCUUUUUCUAAUUGAUCAUUUAAAAAGCAUAAUCAGAUUAAUUCUUUACCAACUACUGUUUUGUAAAAUGUCAAGAUAGUCAAACUGCAUGUAUUAAGAUUAACCAAUCACUCUGGCUAAUUUCUAUUGUACUGAAGAGCUAAAAAAAUUAUUUUCUACCUUACUAUUUACCAGUGAUUUACAUGUUUUAUCUUCAAUCUUAUGGACUUUAAAAUCAUUAAAUUAUGCACAUUUCAGUUGCAAUAUUACUAGCCAUAUUUUCUUCUCUAACCAUUUUCUGUCCUGUUAGCAUUUUAACAAAGUUGUAAAAAGGACGUUUUACAUUCUGUCAAUGAUGGGUCGAUUGAAAACAACUCCACCUGGAUGAAUAAAAAAUCUUAUAAACAAGUAUUGAAGUGUAAAUAAGAUUAUAAUAAUGUGCUGUUACUGUGCAGGAUACAAGUUCCUCGAAUGUGUAUUAGAUUUGUUUUUACUUUUCAAUUCAGUCAUAAAGUUUAUUUUUGUAUUAAUGUGGGCAUCCCCAUGUCUGUUAUUUCUCUGUGAGAGAUUUUAUUCAAACGUCCUAUUUUUUUGUUUUGAAAAGUGAAUAAAGAAAAGUUAUAGACACACAGA